CAGGAAAUAAAAUCAGAAAAUGUCAAAAAGCACCGAAAAAAGUUGAUAGCAAAGGCUUUCGAAGCACAGCUGUUCUAACUAGCCUCACAGUGGUAAGGGCUCAGUAUAUAAAAAGGCUCUCAGGGUUCAACGACGCAAAAACGAACCGGUUGUCUGCAAUCUUACACGGACACAAAUACAUAAUACAUGAAAAAAGACGAAAAACUGAAAACAGACAAUGUGGAAGACAGUCUUUUAUGUGUCAGUGCUAAUCUUCGUGACAUCGUGCACCUUUUCAAGCGCAAGAAGAGGCCAAGCUCGUGGAAAUGUGAAAUCAUUCGGGAUGAGAUCGUAAGACGACCCAACUCGGAUAAAACUAUUUACAUUCCAACAUGUGACCUAGACGGAACGUUUGCUAGAAAACAGUGUCGCUACCAGCCCACCACAGUAACUUGUUGGUACGUAGACAAGAACGGCAAGCCUAUUGGUAAAAACAGAUACACCCACGUAAUCAGCACGUAUAGCAGCACGAGAAAAAAGUCAAUGACGCUAACACAACAGCAAAUGACAAACAAUACAAAGAGAACAAUUCGAUAUAAAAUAAGGGCGUCAAAUAAAGAAAUCGUCGAAACAAACCCGUUGAUGGUAAAGACAGGAAAUGCCAAUAUCACCGUAAAGUAUUUGACAAAAUGCGAGAAAUUACGAGAAAGAAGACUUCGUCAGGUCCGUCCUCCAAUGAUGAUUCCGAACUGCACCAGAGAUGGGGAUUUUCAACUCGAACAAUGUAAUGUAUACAAAACGAAAUGUUGGUGCGUUGGAAUGAAUGGAAAGAAAAUUCCUGGGACUAAAGUUCGCAACAAACUUCCGGAGUGCUAUUUAGACACUUGUGGGAAAAGAUUCAGGAAGGGACCGUCACGUAUGCGUCGCAUCGUCGGCGGACGAGAGUCGAGCCCAGGUACAUGGCCAUGGCAGGCAAUGAUUCGCUCCAAACACCGAGGUCACAUAUGCGGUGCAACGUUAGUGCAAAAAAACUGGCUCGUCACGGCAGCUAGCUGCUUUGACAACUACACAAAGUGCAUCAAGGAAUGGACGGUAAUACUGGGAGCACAUGAACUAAACUCCAGCAGCAACACCAAGAUAGGAAUUGAAGCAAUACACAUUCAUCCGAAGUAUCAACCAGGAAAAGAAACACAUCCUGGAGAUUACGAUAUCGCUAUACUGCAAAUGUCAAGUUCGGCUAGAAUACCCAGAGAUAUUAUGCCACUCUGUCUACCGGAAAAAGGUUUUAUACAAAGAUGCUCCAUCACUGGUUGGGGACGUACUUCCAAUAGUGGUUCCUUAUCAAAAGUCUUACGUGAAGCCUACGUCGAUCUUGUACCUCUGGAUAAGUGUAAUGGAGAAAAAUCAUAUAAUGGUACCAUCAACGAUCGCUUUGUAUGUGCUGGAUUUAAGGAGGGUGGAAUUGAUGCUUGUCAUUUCGACACGGGAGGACCGCUGACAUGUCCAAUGAAGGGCGGCGCUUGGGGAUUGGCUGGCAUAGUCAGUUGGCGUCAGUCAUGCGCACAGCCACACAAAUACGGCUUGUACACCAAUGUAAGAAAGGUUCAACGAUGGAUUGAGAAAAUCAUCACGUAAUAAAUAAGGUCCUAAAGAAUCGCCACCAUCAUCAUCGUGCUUUACGCCCCUGGUAAGGGCAUGCCAAGGAAAGAUUGACACGAGGAAAGGUUGAAGCGACCGCAAUUGGAAAAAUAUUAGUUCUCUUUUUGCUUUGCGAUAACAUAGUUGAGAAUAAAAUAAUGUAAAUUAAACAUACUCCGAUGAAUAAAAGACAUCUUGCACACUUAAUAUAUGAGUUAAAUGGAAAAAAAACAAUAACAAGAUUUAACUUUUCCAUUGGUGACAUGUUGGGUUUUCGACCCUUUUUCAUAAUCAUAGUCAAAACGAAAGUCUGGUCUUGACAACGAUAUUUAGAGAUGGUUUAAAAGAUAUCUUUAUUCAAAGACGUGUGUUUUAUCCUAUAUUUUUUGAAAUAUAAUAUAAAUAUUUUCAUAUAAUUCAAUUAAAAUGUAGAACGAUUUGUACUAUAACUGUCAAGUCUUUGUAAAGAACUUUGCCAUGAAGUGCAUAUGUAUUGUAGUUAUCACGGACGGAUUUGUAUAUUUUUUACAGGGGAAAACAUAAAAGUUUUGAUUUGGGGCGGGGAGGGUGACCUGGUAAAUAAUUGACGAAAGACGUUGUAAGAGUGUAGAAUCGAUGGCGGUCAGGUGGUGCAAUUAUCAAAGGUUGUGUAGAAACUUGAAAUUUUCAGUACAAAAACAAGAAGUUCAACCGUACUAGUGACUUGUUUGGCAAAAAUGGGGAAAGUUUGUUGGUAUAUAUUAUAAGUCAAUCUGCUGUUUGGGGUGGAGCCCCCUGCACCUUCCUCAUAGUAAAUCCGUCAAUGGUAAUUAUACAGCUAUUUAUUAUAGUGAAACACAUACAUAGUGACAUACUUUAUAAUUAAAUGUAAGAAUAGAGCAAUUUAGUAUCAAUGAUUAAAUGAAGAAUGCAGAAUGAUAA